GUCCACUCUCCAUUCAUUUUUAGGUUACCAGGGAGGCUGAAGAAGGACUACCAACAUAGCGGCUUGGAUUAACCAUCUUCUCUAUGGAGAACCAGACUCUGACUGCAGAUAUUCUGCUCCUGGAGGGGUUAAAGGUCACCCCACAGUCCUCCAUUCCCACCUUUAUCCUCCUCUUCCUCAUCUACGUCUUCAUCAUGGUGUCCAACAUCAGCCUGUUAGUCCUGAUCAGCAUGGAGAGGAGCCUCCAUUCGCCCAUGUACCUGCUCUUCUGCAACAUGAGUAUUAAUGAUGCAUUCGGAGCCACGAUCAUCAUUCCUCCUUUGUUGAAAGAUAUUUUUGUUCCACACUCAGACCGGUUCAUUCACUACAUCCAAUGUGCCAUUCAGGCUUUUUGUGCUCACAUUCAUGCAAGUGCUUGUCACACUGUGCUCAUGAUCAUGGCCUUUGACCGCUACGUGGCCAUCUGCAAUCCCCUGCAAUAUGCCACCAUCAUGACCAACAGGAUGGUGGUGGCACUGUCAGUGUCAGCCUGGAUCGUGUCUUUAGUGAUGGUGCUGAUUCUUGUGGGCCUCAGUGUCCGUCUGUCUCGCUGCAGGUGGGUAAUAUUUAACCCGUUCUGUGACAACGCCUCCCUGUUCAAACUGUCCUGUGAAAGUGUCUUAAUUAAUAACAUCUACGGUCUCUGCUACACGGUGGUGCUUCUGGGCUCCUCCAUUGGCAGUGUAACUCUCACCUACCUGAAAAUCGCUGUAGCAUGCUUGCGCAGUAAAAGCAAGGUGCUGAAUGCCAAAGCACUGCAAACCUGCACCACACACCUGGCUUUGUACAUCAUCAUGUUUGUGUCAGGCUGCAUCAUCAUCACCCUCCACCGUUUUCCUCACUUAUCAGAUCAAAGGAAGGUUGCAUCCAUGUUGUUUCACGUGGUCCCUCCUGCUAUGAACACAAUUAUCUAUGGACUGCAGAUCAAAGCAGUCAGACAAAAGAUUUUCAUCAUGUUUACUGGGAAGACAAGGGGUGAACUGACUCAGUAA